CGUCGCUUGUUGUCACAUUGAUUCAUCUUUGUACAUCGCCAGGCCAACGUGAUUCGUUUGUUCUACGCUUUGUUGAACACCCCCGGACGAUCAUAGCCGACGAUGUUCGGCAAAGAGUAGUGACAUAGACAGACAGACUCAGGCACUCGUUCAUACUCAUACACACACAGAUCCCAAUCUCACACACACACAGAAAUCCAUUCUCAAAAACCACACUUCUUACACAGACACACACACUCACCCACUCACUCAUCCAAUCUCAAAUACACACACUAACCCACUCACUCAUUCACUAUCAAACACACACACUCACGCACACUCAAUCUCACACACACAGACACACAGACAGACAGACAGACACUCACACUCAAUCUCUCAUCCACACACACAGACACUCACCCACGCUCAAUCUCACACACACAGACACUCACACUCAAUCUCUCAUCCACACACGCAGACACAGACACUCACCCAUGCUCAAUCUCACACACACACACACAGACACUCACCCCCACCCCCCUCAGCCAUACACACACACGGACACCCACCCACGUUCAACCACAUAUUUUGCGGUCAACAAAGUGUGGCGAGUGACUGGGAGACUCUGAGUGCAGUCCGGUGACGAGGAGCAGAACAGCGGCAUGGCCCCGUGGACAGCGAUGCGUCGUCUGCUCCUGCUGCUGCUGCUACUGCUGGGUUCCCUGCACGAGCCGUCUCUCGCCGACGAGUGCGGCGACGAGUUCUACAAAUCGCCAGAAGGUUUCUGCUGCGUACUCUGCCGUGCAGGGACGUACAAGGUCAUGGACUGCAUCAGCGGUGGAGGGAAUGGCAUGUGCGAUCUGUGCCCCAAGGGCUCAUUCAUGAGCAGAGACAACAGCGAGGAGAUGUGCAUGCCAUGUAGCAGCUGCGGACCAGACGAGGAGGCGGUCGUGAACUGCUUCAUGGCCCAGGACACCGAGUGUUGGUGCAGGGAAGGGCUUAAGAGAGACGCCGAUGACUCACAGCGCUGUGUUCCCGACGACUCACGGACCGGUGUCCAUCAAGGGUAUAAGACAGCUGCCAUUGGAUUGGCGUUCACCCUCGUAAGCAUACUCGCGCUGAAAUUAGGAGUGAUCGUCUUCAAGGGACGAGACUUGCCGACAUUAGGAUGCACGUACCAGCACGGCGCUGCAAUCGAAGGGUACCGAAUUGUUCCUUCCCAAAUUCUGGAAAUGCAAACAGAUGGAUAUCAGGUGAAGAUUGGGAGCGAGGCGGUGAAUCUCACCUGCGACAGCAGCGAGAACAUCAAGGCAUCAAUCCGGGUGGAUCCCUCGCACCUCCUACAGCACCUCCAUCACUUCAAAAUGAUCCCGGCCAACGUCUAUGAAGAGGCGAAAGACAGGAGUCGCAGGGAGUGCGUGGAGCUCAUACUGAGCCACUUCACCAGCCAGGGGGAGCUGGGCUGUGAGAAACUCUGGGAGGUUCUCUACUACUUCAGUAACAACUACGUGCAGCUGCGGAAAAAGGUCCACAGCAGCGGCGUGGCGGUGCGCUCUGUCCAUAGCAAGCAUGCUGACUUGAAGGCGUGGAUCGGAAAGAACCCAGGGCAACUUCUCGAGCUGCUGAUGAGGCAAGGACGGAUCACCACCGAGCUCCUCACCAGGGCCAGGGGCGAGCGAGACGAGUAUGAGUGUGCUGCUCGCAUCCUCGACUACUUCGUGGAGAGAGGCAAUGACGACUGCCUCAAGCUGCUGCUCACUCUGCAGGACGUGGGGCCGGUGUAUCCCGAAGUCGAGCAGUGGCUGAGAUCCCUCGAAUUUCUCAAAGAGAUCUCCAACACGUUCAUCGUGUGCCUGAACCGGCACUCCGACCACGUGCUUCACGAUCGAAUCCGCCUCAACAAGACGACGCUGAUUAGAGCUCUAGCGAAAGGGCCAAAUAUGCUGAUCGCACAACUUCACAACCGGGGCUUUCUCACCAAUAACCACAGACAGAUGCUGAUAAACAUGGACUCUACUGAGGCCACGGUGCAGCUGCUGGACUUUGUCCUGAGCAAGGAUCAGUGGAGCGCCAAGGCUUUCUGGGAGCUCCUGUGGGAGCUGAAGAAUUCGUACCCUCAACUCGGGGACACCUUCGAUGGCUUCCUGAGGAAACAAGUGGAGGCGAAGAGUAAGCUGGCGGGCUGAUGAAUGUUGCCAGCUUGGGACACUGGCCGACUGUUCAUGGCAACAGUCGCUGAAGUGGAAAUUUCACGCUUUUAAAAUAUGGUGGUAUAAUAUUAAUUUAAAAAAACAAAUUGGAAUUUGACCCCGUCAGCAUUUAUGUUCAAGCGUUUACACUUUACAAGAAAAUAAGGGGUUCAGGAACUAAUUAUGCAACGAUAGACUACUAAAACGUGGCAAUUUCUUGGGAUGACGUUUGACUCUCCUCCUCAACAGCAGCAGCAACGUCCAGUGUUGGGGCAGCUGCUGUUAGCAAGUAGUACCUGUGAAGGCCGGUACGGCACACAAGAGGGGGUGAGUGGCCAACACCACGCCCAGCCGCAUUUAUCUCUUCAGCGGCGAUGUUUUUACACAUCGCACCAGGUACUUAUUUUGAGGCUGAGUCGACCUAGAGGAAGCCGACCUAG